GGUGGCCGGCCGGGCGCUCGGCCCACCUGCGGCCGCGGCGUGCGCCUCCCGGUAGGGCGCUCGGGUCCGUGGCCAUGAACCCCGUGGUCGUGGUCCACGGCGGCGGCGCCAGCAAUAUCUCCAAGGACCGGAAAGAGCGAGUGCGCCAGGGGAUUGUCAAGGCCGCCACCGAGGGCUACGCGGUGCUCCAGGCGGGCGGCAGCGCCGUGGACGCGGUGGAAAGAGCCGUGACUGUCCUGGAAGACGACCCCGAGUUCAAUGCAGGCCACGGGUCCGUGCUGAACGUAAAUGGUGAAGUAGAAAUGGAUGCUAGCAUCAUGGACGGGAAAGACCUGUCUACGGGAGCGGUGUCUGCAGUCCGCGGCAUUGCCAAUCCCAUCAGACUGGCACGGCUUGUCAUGGAAAAGACACCCCAUUGCUUUCUGACGCACCAGGGUGCGGCCAAGUUUGCAGCCGAGAUGGGGAUUCCGGAGAUUCCUGGAGAAAAACUGGUCACCGAGAGGAACAAGAAACACCUGGAAAAAGAGAAGCAGGAGAAAGGCGCUCGGAGGCCGGACUGUGAGAAGAACUCGGGCACCGUGGGCGCCGUCGCCUUGGACUGCAAAGGCAAUGUGGCUUACGCCACAUCCACAGGUGGCACCAUCAACAAGAUGGUGGGCCGUGUCGGAGACUCACCGUGUGUAGGAUCUGGAGGUUAUGCUGACAACAGCAUAGGAGCCGUCUCCACCACCGGGCACGGGGAGAGCAUCCUGAAGGUGAAUCUGGCCAGACUCACUCUCUUCCACGUAGAACAAGGAAAGACGUUGGAAGAAGCUGCUGCCUUGUCGUUGGGUUAUAUGAAGACCAGGCUCAAAGGCUUAGGGGGCCUCAUCGUGGUCAACAAAACAGGAGACUGGGCAGCCAAGUGGACGUCCACCUCCAUGCCCUGGGCGGCCGUGAAAGAAGGCCAGCUGCACUUCGGGAUUGACCUGGAUGACACCAAGGUCACGGAGCUGCCCUAAGCCCUCCCCCGACUGCCGGAAGGUCACGCUGCACCUGCUGGCCGGGACGUAAAGUGCCGCGUCCCGGUGUGAAGGCGUAGCAUAGCGAGUUAGAUCUAGAAAUGGGAAACAAUGACACAGU